CCUCUCUCCGUGCCUUCACCUUCCUCCUUGAGAUAUUGGGAGUAAUGCUGUGUCUUUGAGGCUGUAGUAGUAUCUACUUGCUUACCUAUUCGGGUACCUAAAGACCUGACUUACACCUAAUUAUAGCCGGCGUAUUUAUUUACUUUCUACCUAAGUAAACACAGCAGUUAUGUCUCAGUUGGAGUUAGGCGUGCACGGCAUUACGCUGGUGCCGCAGUCGACGGGGUAUGGCCUACUCAUCGGGCUGGGUGUUGCUUUCUGUGCUGUAAUUCUUGCUGCAGUCAAAAUUCAGAAAGUAUUCCUUUCCGAGGACUCAGGGACAUCUGAAAUGUUCAUGGUGGCGAAUCGGUCGGUUGGCAUCGGAUUGACAGCUUCAGCUGUAUUUUCAAGUUGGAUGUGGAUCAAUGAGACCGUGUUCAGCGCUGCGAUGUGUUAUCGCUUUGGCCUGGCGGUGCCUCUUUGGUGGGCGACAGGAUUAUGCUUCCAGAUUGCCUUAAUGGCGGCUCUUGGUAUAAUUGCGAAGUUAAGAGUGCCGUACGCACACACAUCCCUGGAGAUCAUAAAAAUGAGAUACGGCAAGAUCGGGCACGUCGUCUUCAUCAUUCUAAACUUGACGAACAACGUUUUCGGCUGCGCUUCUAUGAUCCUCACAGGCUCACAGCUCAUAUAUGGAAUCUCUGGCAUGCAUUUUGUCGCGGCGACGGUUUUGAUUCCCCUAGGAGUGGUGUUAUACACAGCAGUAGGAGGUCUAAAGGCUACUUUCCUUACUGAUUACCUACAUACUACCGUUGCUCUGGUAAUCAUCAUUUACUUCACGAUUAGCAUCUUGACACAUGAAGCAAUAGGAGGAUUAGGAGGCCUAUACGAUAAGGUGGUCGCAACAGCAGCUGAAAAUUACAUCCCGGGCAAUUUUGAGGGGUCACUCCUUACAUUCAAAUCCAAGGAUGCGAUUCUGUGGGCUUUAAUUUUGAAGUUCGGAAAUCUGGCGCUUGUUGUCAUGGAUACGGCUUUUUGGCAAAAGAGCUUUGCAAGCGAAGUUUCUGCUACCGUUCCCGGCUACAAUCUUGCGGCGAUUUCGAUCUUCGGUAUACCUUGGGCGAUUGGUACUGUGGUUGGAUUGACUGCGCGAGCUAUUCACAACACGCCUAUCUUCCCGUCAUAUCCGGGCGAAUUCACAAGUGCCGAGGUCAACGCCGGGCUCGUAAUGCCUUACACAGUGAAGGCGCUCAUCGGCGAACAGGGCAUCGUCGCCUUAUUCGUAUUGAUGUUUAUGGCUCUCACCUCGACCAUAAGCUCUUCGUUAAUUGCGGUUAGCUCUAUCCUGUCAUUCGACGUAUACAAGACCUACAUCAACCCAAAGGCGAGCGACAAGCGACUACUGCAUGUGAGCCAUCUGGCAGUUAUCGCGCAUGCUUUCUUCAUUACGGGUAUUUCGCUCGCGCUUAACUACGGUGGUGCCGAUAUGACUUGGAUCGGAUAUUUCCGUCCUAUUCUGUCUUGCCCGGGAAUUAUUCCUCUAGCCUUAACGCUGUGCUGGUCUGGGCAGACGCGACUCGCGGCCAUUCUGUCUCCGGUGCUUGGGUUCUUCACUGGACUGGCUAUAUGGCUUGGUAGUGCUAAAGCCCUAUAUGGCAGCAUCAGCCUGACAACCACCGAAGCUGGACCACCAGCAUUGUACGGCGCGUGCGGGUCAUUUUUCUCGCCGGCGAUAUACUCUUUUUUGAUUUCACAAUAUAGGCCGUAUAAAUUUGAUUGGCGUGAGUUCCUCCGCAUUGAGCUGGCGGACGAAUACCGUACGGAUCCCCUCGCAAUUUCUUCUGAAGAGUCAGAAGAAUCGUCCAUCAAUGACGAGAAAAAACCUGGACGUGAAGCUAAUGAAAAGAACCCCACGCCUCCUGAGCCUGUUUACCUGUCGCAUGAAAUCCAGACCGAUGAUCAAGGAGUUGCGAGAGAUAUUGGAAACAGCAUUGCUAUCACGUCUGACGCUGAGAAGAGUGCCCCACCAACGACAGCCCCACGACGAAGACACCGAAAUAAAGCUGGCAAGGAAACCACACCAAUUGAAGAAGUUCAACAUCCAUUUAGUGAAGCAACACUACAAGAACUCCGAAGGUGGUACAAGAUAGCAUGGGGAUUCUUCAUCUUCAUCGUUUUGGUUACUUUCGUCGCUUGGCCGAUGCCACUGUACCGCGACUACAUUUUCACGAAGCCGUUUUUUAGUGGGUGGGUUGUUGUAGCCAUUGCUUGGCAGUUCUUCUCGUUUUUCGCUGUUGCUAUAUACCCUCUUUACGAUGGACGGCAUGAGAUUAUCAAGGGCGCACGAGGUGUUUAUAAGGCUUCAGGGGCGUGGUUGAAGAGGAAGGUCGGGAAGGCGUGAGAUGGGAAAUCUACGGGAACGCGAGGUGGUUAGAAUAGAGAACAUGGGAAGAGGAUAUCACGUACGAAUAGGGCAUGGCACGCCCAACCCU